AUGUGUUGCCUGGGGCCAUGCUGCCCUGCCCCCUUUGCACCUCCUACCCCUGUCCUGGCAGUGACCCUGAAGAGACUUAGGAGCAGCCCCCUGAGGUGCCCUCGGGCUCCACCCUCCCAGCUCUUCUGCAGGGUGGCUGAAGAGUCCACAGGGGGCAGCUACUGCCCCAUCCUCCGGAGCUCCUUGCGGGGGACACUGUGCCUGGGAGGCGUGGAGCCCUGGAUGCCUGAGCCAGCCCCCGGCCCCAGCACUCACUACGACCUGUCCAGGGCCAGGGCUGCCCUCUUCCUGGCUGUGAUCCAAGACCGGCCUGGGGCCCAGCAUGAUGUGGAGGCACUGAGGGGGCUGUGCCAGGCCCUGGGCUUCGAGACCACCCUGAGGACGGACCCUACCGCCCAGGCUUUCCAGGAGGAGCUGGCCCAGUUCCGGGAGCGGCUGGACACCCGCAGUGGCCCUGUGAGCUGUGUCCUUGUGGCCCUGAUGGCCCAUGGGGGUCCACGGGGGCAGCUUAUGGGGGCUGACUGGCAAGAGGUGCACCCAGAGGCACUGCAGCGGGAACUGAGCCACUGCCGGGCAUUGCGGGGCUGCCCCAAGAUCUUCCUGCUGCAGGCCUGCCGUGGGGGGAACAGGGACGCUGGUGUGAGGCCCACAGCUCUCCCCUGGUACUGGCGCUGGCUGCAGGCACCUCCCACCAUCCCUUCCCAUGCAGAUGUCCUCCAGAUCUACGCUGAUGCCCAGGGUUGGUUCUGCCUUUCUUCCAGAGCCUGGAUGUGGGCAGGGCUGGUGGUGGGAACUGUCCCAAGAGCAUUUCUAGGGCUCUCAACUGGGGUCCUGCUGCCACCUCCAUCCUCUCUUUGCUGA